AUCAUAAUUUGACGUAUAUACCUCUGACCUGCAGUAGCUGCGGGAAGAUGCGCAUCUUGCAUCAAGCAAUAGCAGCUCGCAGCUACUCACCGAUCAAUUGAGCAAUCAUGAAUUCUCGAAGAGUUGACGUUCGCUCUGUGCAGUACAAAGAACUUUUAGUCGAAAGAGCGAAUGAAAAAUAUUCUAAGGAUAGAUACAGUGCUGAGGAUUUACAUACGGACGACGAAGAUGCCUUCGAUAUAUCAAGCAACCCCAGCGCCGAAACAGUUCUUCUACCUGACGCCCCAAUCAAUCCACGGACGCAGGACCAGGUCAGCCAACGCUCUUAUUCUGAGGCCCUGGAAACACUCACCGCGAAAUUCCCACGGACUCCACGGACUACACCGCUAGCGAGCCGCUAUGUGACCAUGCCUCCUGCUGCACGGAUGAGUUCGAAUAUCGGGACGAGAGUGAUGAGGCCGUCCAUGCAGUCGACGCAACCGCCGCAAUUUACCUACUCGGGACCACCAACGCCAACGAACGAUGACAUGCCUUACCUCCGAUAUGCAAUUGAUCAGAUUACAAGAGAAGACGAUACGAGGAGCUCAACCCUGAGAGGGACAAGCGGGGACAGCAGCUCUUCGUACCCAAGGUUCCCUGAGCGAAGCCUCAAGCAAGACUACGUUAGACCCAAAUAUGAUGACGAGCCCGACUACAAUAGUGGACCUGGUCCCGAUAUUGGGUCGAAAGAAGAUGUAAAAUCUAUGGCCCCGCAACCAACAGCCAAGUACAACCCGAAAGACUCGUUGGCUAGUCUCGCCUUGCCAACAUCCGGAUCUGAGCUGUACCUCGCCGCUGAACCUCCAGUACACACUGCACGGUACCCAGCACUCAACUUUGUGCCAAAAACUCUACGGACCUACAGUCUUGCCGUUUUGGUGUUGCUAUGCAUCUCCACAAUACUUGGCUUAGGCCUCUGCAUCGAAUUCGCAGACGGUCUUUGGGCCCACAGUGGUUCCUUCGACGCGAAGUACUUCACAUUCCGCUUCCUCCCUCAGAUUAUCGCCGCCUCUCUAUUCCUCUGGCUUGAAGGCGUCAUGGCGGCCGUCGGACGCAUUGUCCCCUACGUUCAGAUGACAUCCGAGAACCAUCAAGCUCGCCAACAGUCCCUGUUUCUGCCUUUCCAGCCCACGACCCUCCUCAGCCCACGAUUCAGCUACUUCUCCUCCGACCAAAUCCACCUCGGAGUGUGCAGCGUGCUCAUCUGGCCGGCUGUUCUUACCAUCCCCCUCGCCAGCUGCCUUUUCACUGUUACAAACAUCGACGGACUCUGGAAAUACAGCACCGUGACAAGUAUCGCCGGUUUCCUCAUCGCCAUUUACAUCUUAAUUGUGCUCGGCCUCGUUGGGAUCAUCCUCAAUUUCGUCCGCCGCGAGACCGGCCUGCUCUGGGACCCACGAUCUCUCGCUGAUGUCAUCGCGCUGCUCUCCCGAAGCAACUGCAUGGAUGACUAUGAGGGCGCCGAGGACGCAUCAGAUCUACCCGAGCUGCGUGAGAAACUUGGGCAUCGCGCUGAUCGCCUGGGGUACUGGCGCACUACAAACCCUACCCAAGACAUUUUCUACUGUAUCGGCGAGGAAGGCGCACCGCUCCGCCGACACGGCAUGAACCGCGGCCGUGCCGAGCCAUCAAUUAAUGAGAAGACCCGUUACAGCGGCGACACCGAGGCGCAGAUGUUGACCACCCGUGCAACCUACAUUCCAUGGUACUUGAGGCGCUCGGCCCUGUUGCUCUGGCCCGUUAUCUUUGGUGUUCUACUUGUCGCUGUCUUCAUCGUCAGCUUCCUCCCAUUGAUAGCCCUCAGCUCCGGAUUCCGCCCGCAACUUUCCUCCACUCCUAACAAGGCACACUUCAUCCCCUCGUCGUUCUUCUAUUCCUUCAUCCCAUCUACCAUUGGUCUCGUUCUUUACGGAGCCCUGAGGCCCAUGGCAUACUCCAUCGCCCGCCUGACACCCUGGUCUGAACUCGCCCGCACCUACGGUACUCGAGCUCUACCCUCGCUCCUCGCAGAUUAUAGCGCGAGCUCCAGUGUUCCAUUUGCUGGUCUCUCGCUAGCGAUUGAGAACGGACAUUGGCUUGUCGCGCUUCUGGCUGUUGUGCACCCGCUCAUGAUGCUGCUACCGAUACUCGGUGGUGGGAUGUUUGCGGCAUAUACGACGUUCCCAUCGCAGACUCUAUUGGUUCUCACAGAUAUGGCAGCGUUCUAUGUCAUUCUUGCGACCCUGAUUGGGUAUUUCAUCGCGCUGCUGGCUGUGGCGCUUGCGCUCGUACCGUGGGAGGCACAGGAGAAGCUGAAGCUUCCAAGCAGCAUGAGCUGCUUGGCAGAGGUAGUUAGCGUGAUUGGACAAAGCGGGUUGAGGAGCGAUGCCGCAUUCCGUGCUGUCCGCGGGCGCACGGAUUUACGAACAAGGCUGGUGGGAGCGAGAGAGAGAGGAAGAGGGGAAGUGAAGUAUUUCUGUGGGGAGUGGAGGGAAGGCGGGAGAGUCGGGUGGGGAGUGGAGAGAAUGGGAAGAUCUGAGAGAUCUUGAGUGGGGAGCCAGUGGGCUGCCCUUGAUGUGUUACGGUAUGGAACGACGAGAAUCUGCAAGAUGUUUGAUACGAUAUGGAGCGACGAUACAUUGCAAGGUGUGGGUGGGUGCGACUCACCACGGAUUUACGGAUCACAAAACCGAGGCAGCACAUGGCGUUACGAUCGACGGAGUUACCAAUUUUACGGCGGCAUGAUUUACGGAGUUGAUGAUUUACGACACUAAUGAGAUACGGAGUUACGAGUUACGGCUUUAUAAUUUAUGAUUUUACGAUUUACGGGGUUAUGGUUUAGAUGGAGACGGAGUUAUGAGAUAUGGCGUUAUGAUCAAAAGAGGCACGGAGUUCGGAGGUUUGGACUACUGGAAAUAUACCUUGCGAGGUAGUGAGUACUGGAGGCGCUGGAUAUGUUUCUAUGAGUAGAGAUGAGCAUUACUUUAGUGGAGAGCACAUGCUAUAUAGCCACAAGCCAUAUAGAUAAUGGAUUUGAAUGGAAGAG